AUGGCGGAUUUUGUUGGUAGCCAAGCUAAUUUCUGGGUCCAAUCCAAUGCUUUGCUCAGAAAGAACUUAACCUUUCAGAAACGAAGACUGUGCGCCAACAUUACAAUCAUUCUAAUACCAGCUUUCUUCUGCACUUUAUGUGCCCUUAUCCAAUAUGGAACAGAGACCUAUUAUGUGAAAAAGAGCGUUGAUUAUUGCAAGAAAGGGCCAUCGCCAUAUGAAAUUACAUCAACUUUUCCCCUACAGUGUCCAAUCCCUUCUCCUAUAGAAUGGCCUCCCUUGUUACAAGUACCACAACCUUAUGCUCGUGCUGUCCGAAGUGAUAUCUUUCCCUGGACGGACUUGCCCGAUGAGUCAUGCAUGAAGAACGAAAACUUUGGCUGUCCUGUCACCACGCUCAUCACCGGGAAUAACCAGACAUUAGCACAAGGAUUGGGUGAUAACAUGUUCCCGGCUGGUGGUUUCCCUAAAAAUUCCACCAACAGCAUUACCGAUUGGGCAGAAGUUGUCAUGGGUACCACUUCAAGAGUCGAUGACAAAACAAGCCUUCAUCGAGAUUUUGCUAUCACUGACGAUAUUGUUGCACAAGACCAGCUCUAUAUUCUGCAGGAACAAUGUGAUAAUAAUGAAGACUCUAAUAUAAAUAGAAAUAGCACAAAACUACAAGUAGCAUCAAAGCUCACAUUUGAAACAGAUAUUGAAUGUCUCCCAUAUCUAAUAUUGUGGCGUAAUAGUUCUUCUGAAAUAAACGAUGAACUGUUCAAAGGUGACGCCGGGGGGAAUAAAAAGAACAAAGCUAAUGGAAUACUUACAGCGUUAGAUAUCUCAAACUCGGAUGAAAAUUCUUUUAAUGUGAACAUAUGGUACAAUUCAACAGUAAGCAAUAGGGAUUUCUUGCAAUCAAUAACCACCAAUCCGGAAGUGAUCAAACGAGUUCCACGCUUGGUUAAUAUGGUAUCAAACGCGUACCUUCAGUUUCUUACAGGAGCUAAGACGAUUCGGUUCGACUUUGUUAAAGAAAUGCCCAAGGGUUUUACCUCAGACAUUCCCGAUUUGGGGGCAUUUAUCGGUCCAGUGUUGUUUACAUGGGUUGUUUUACAGUUGUUCCCGGUAGUGUUAGCGAAUCUGGUUUAUGAGAAACAAGAAAGACUGAGAGUGAUGAUGAAGAUGCAUGGCCUUGGUGAUGGACCUUAUUGGAUGAUCUCAUAUUCUUAUUUUCUUACAAUAUAUAUGUCCUACAUUAUAUGUUUUGUUGGAUUUGGUUCAAUCUUAGGGUUAAGCUUCUUCUACAGACAUGACUACUCCCUCCAAUUUAUCUUUUACUUCUUUGUUAUAAACUUGCAAAUAGCGCUGGCUUUUCUUCUGUCGUCAAUGUUCUCGCACACUAGGAGUGCUACAGUUGUAGCUUACGUUUACGUUUUCGGAAGCGGGCUUCUGGGAAGCUUUUUCUUCCAGGAUCUACUCAUGGAUGUUCACAUGCCUAAAGGGUGGAUCAUUUUUCUAGAGUUGUAUCCUGGCUUCUCUCUCUACAGAGGCUUAUUCGAGUUUAUGCAAUAUGCCACCGAUGGGAAAAUCAUGAAGACUAGUGGUAUGCGUUGGGGGAAUUUGAAUGAUAGCGUAAAUGGUAUGAAAGAUGUCCUGGCCAUCAUGGCAAUAGAGUGGGCUGUGCUGCUGCUUCUUGCAUUUUACAUAGAUCAAGUUGUAACUUGGGGAAAAUCUCCUUUAUUCUUCUUGCGAAGAAAGAAAGCACCGGCUCUCCAAAUCCCUAGUAUGGAGAGGCUUGGAUCUAAAGGGUAUGGUGACAUGGAGAAACCUGAUGUCGCUCAGGAGAAGGAAAAGGUUGACAAGCUGUUGGAAGAAGCAAAAUAUACAAGUCAUGUUGUGAUAUGUGACAACAUAAAGAAGGUGUAUCCAGGAAGAGAUGGAAACCCUGAGAAAUUUGCAGUGAGAGGGUUGUCUCUUGCUUUGCCUCAAGGCGAAUGCUUUGGUAUGCUUGGUCCUAGUGGUGCAGGAAAGACCUCUUUUAUUGAAAUGAUGAUUGGUCUGAUAAAGCCAACCACUGGCACAGCCUAUGUUCAGGGGUUGGACCUUGUAACUCAGAUGAAUGAAAUAUAUGCCUGCAUUGGUGUUUGUCCACAACACGACCUACUAUGGGCAACCCUAACAGGAAGAGAGCAUCUACUAUUUUAUGGGAGACUUAAGAACCUUAAAGGUUCCGACUUAACCAAAGCAGUGGAAGAUUCUUUGAAGAAUCUGAAUCUAUUUAACGGCGGGGUUUCUGACAAACGAGCAGGGCAAUACAGUGGAGGUAUGAAGAGAAGGCUUAGCGUCGCCAUUUCACUCAUAGGGAAUCCCAUAGCUAUUUACAUGGAUGAACCCAGUACCGGACUUGAUCCAGCUUCAAGAAACACUCUAUGGAAUGUUAUAAAGCUUGCUAAGCAAAGCCGAGUCAUCAUACUCACCACGCAUUCCAUGGAAGAGGCAGAGUUCUUGUGUGAUCGAAUAGGAAUUUUCGUAGAUGGAAGAAUGCAGUGCUUAGGAAAUCCAAAAGAGUUGAAGGGCAGAUAUGGAGGAUCAUACGUGUUCACAAUCACAACAGAUUCAUGUCAUGACCAAGAAGUAGAGAGCCUGAUACACGGACUCGCCCCGAAUGCCAUCAGGGUAUACCAUCUCGCCGGAACACAAAAAUUCGAGUUCCCUAAAAGUGACGUCAGAAUUGCAGAUGUUUUCCAAACAGUUGAGCAUGUAAAGAAGAUAUUCACAGUCUAUGCUUGGGGCCUGGCAGAUACUACUCUAGAGGAUGUCUUUAUUAAGGUUGCAAGUGCACCCAAAAGACUUGCAUCUAACGUCUUAAGUAGAGAAAAUUUGGUCGAAUAA